AUGGCAGAGAGCGACUGGGACACCGUGACUGUCUUGAGGAAAAAGGGACUGACUGCUACCCAGGCUAAAUCCAAGCAGGCUAUCGCAGCAGCUCAGAGACAUGGAGAAGAAGUUGAGACAACCAAGAAGUGGUCUGCAGGGCAGAACAGGCAGCACUUGGUGACCAAGAACACCGCUAAACUGGACAGGGAGACGGAGGAGUUGCACCACCAUAGGGUUCCUCUGGAGGUGGGCAAGGUCAUCCAACAGGGCCGCCAAGACAAAGGCCUGACUCAGAAAGACCUGGCCACUAAAAUCAAUGAGAAACCUCAGGUCAUUGCUGACUAUGAGACUGGGAAAGCGAUUCCUAACAACCAAGUCAUGGGCAAGAUAGAGAGAGCAAUUGGUUUAAAGCUGCGUGGGAGAGAGAUUGGUCAACCCCUGGAGGCAAAAUCCAAGAAGAAAUGA